UCUAUUUUUCUCUUUUCGACUGAGGGUCUCACUCUGUAUCGGGUCAGAUUCAAAACCCUAGCGACCGCCAUUGAACCUCUCGAAACACCUUUCCAGAUUUCCCUCCUCCCGUCUUCAAUCUCUACCCAUAACAACUACAAUCCCACGAGAGAUUAGGUCGGUUCACUUCGUUCCAAUUACUAGGGUUUUAUGGUUAGGUUUUAGGAAUCAUGUGGAAUAGUAACAACGGACAAGAGAUGUGGAAUAACAGUGGUAUGAUUGCUCCUCCUGGAACCGGAGGAGUACCACCGAUAGCUCCUCCAGGGACUGGAGGUGCUGGUGGUUCAAUACCGCCGCCGCCUGCUGCGCAACCUUCUUACACUGUUUUGCCGUCUCCGGCUGAAGCGGAGGCGAGGCUGGAAGAAAAAGCCAGGAAAUGGAUGCAGUUGAACUCGAAGCGAUAUGGAGAUAAACGGAAAUUUGGUUUCGUUGAGACUCAGAAGGAAGACAUGCCACCGGAACAUGUUAGGAAGAUUAUCAGGGAUCAUGGUGACAUGUCAUCAAAAAAAUAUCGUCAUGAUAAACGAGUAUAUCUAGGUGCUCUCAAGUUUGUUCCUCAUGCAGUCUACAAGCUUCUAGAGAACAUGCCUAUGCCCUGGGAACAGGUCCGAGAUGUGAAGGUGCUAUAUCAUAUUACUGGUGCAAUCACAUUCGUGAAUGAGAUUCCAUGGGUUGUUGAACCAAUAUAUCUGGCCCAGUGGGGGACAAUGUGGAUAAUGAUGCGGAGGGAGAAGAGGGAUCGAAGGCAUUUCAAGAGAAUGCGUUUCCCUCCUUUUGAUGAUGAAGAGCCUCCUUUGGAUUAUGCUGACAAUCUUCUUGAUGUGGACCCACUGGAACCAAUUCAACUGGAAUUGGAAGAGGAAGAAGAUUCUGCUGUGUACACUUGGUUUUAUGACCAUAAACCUCUUGUGAAAACCAAACUUAUCAAUGGACCAAGUUACCGAAAAUGGCAUCUUUCACUCCCUAUCAUGGCAACCCUCCAUCGAUUAGCAGGCCAACUUCUUUCCGAUUUAAUUGACCGGAAUUACUUCUACUUGUUUGACAUGGAGUCAUUUUUCACAGCCAAAGCUCUUAACAUGUGCAUACCAGGAGGUCCAAAAUUUGAACCUCUGUAUCGUGACAUGGAGAAAGGCGAUGAAGAUUGGAAUGAGUUCAAUGACAUCAAUAAACUCAUCAUCCGUUCUCCUUUAAGAACUGAGUACAGGAUUGCUUUCCCUCAUCUAUACAACAACAGGCCAAGGAAAGUGAGGUUAUGCAUAUAUCAUACACCAAUGGUUAUGUAUAUUAAAACAGAGGAUCCUGAUCUACCUGCUUUUUAUUAUGAUCCUUUGAUACAUCCCAUAACUGCUGCCAAUAAAGAUCGUCGUGAGAAGAAACUUCUAGAAGAUGAUGAUGACGAGGAUGAUUUCUGUUUGCCAGAGGGUGUAGAGCCUUUGCUUACCAGUACUCCCUUGUAUACUGACACAACAGCUGCUGGUAUCUCCUUGUUGUUUGCACCUCGUCCCUUUAACAUGCGAUCUGGUCGAAUGCGGCGUGCUGAAGAUAUUCCACUUGUGUCUGAGUGGUACAAGGAACACUGUCCUCCUUCAUACCCGGUGAAAGUGCGUGUCAGCUACCAGAAGUUACUGAAAUGUUUUGUGUUAAACGAGCUGCAUCAUAGACCACCAAAAGCCCAAAAAAAGAAACACUUGUUCCGUUCUUUACAAGCCACCAAGUUUUUCCAAACCACAGAACUCGAUUGGGCUGAAGCUGGUCUCCAAGUUUGUAAACAAGGGUACAACAUGCUCAACCUGUUGAUUCAUAGGAAGAAUCUUAACUACCUUCAUCUUGAUUACAACUUCAAUCUGAAGCCUGUCAAGACUCUUACUACAAAAGAGCGUAAAAAGUCACGAUUCGGAAAUGCUUUCCAUCUUUGCCGUGAAAUUUUGCGUUUAACAAAACUUGUUGUUGAUGCAAAUAUACAAUUCCGGUUGGGAAAUGUUGAUGCUUUCCAGUUGGCUGAUGGUCUACAAUAUACUUUCUCACACGUCGGACAGCUGACCGGAAUGUAUCGUUACAAGUAUAGGCUCAUGAGGCAGAUUAGAAUGUGUAAGGAUUUGAAGCAUCUGAUUUAUUAUCGAUUUAAUACUGGGCCUGUUGGGAAGGGGCCUGGGUGUGGGUUUUGGGCGCCUAUGUGGCGGGUGUGGUUGUUUUUUCUUCGUGGUAUUGUGCCUUUGCUAGAAAGGUGGUUGGGGAAUUUACUUGCUAGACAAUUUGAGGGGCGUCAUUCUAAAGGGGUGGCUAAGACUGUUACCAAACAACGUGUUGAGAGUCAUUUUGAUCUUGAGCUUCGUGCUGCUGUGAUGCAUGAUGUUCUUGAUGCCAUGCCAGAGGGCAUAAAGCAAAAUAAGGCAAGAACUAUUUUGCAGCAUUUGAGUGAAGCAUGGCGUUGUUGGAAAGCCAAUAUCCCCUGGAAGGUUCCCGGUUUACCUGUUCCAAUUGAGAACAUGAUUCUUAGAUAUGUUAAGUCGAAAGCUGAUUGGUGGACAAAUGUUGCUCACUACAAUCGUGAACGUAUAAGGAGAGGUGCCACUGUUGAUAAGACUGUCUGUAGGAAGAAUUUGGGGAGAUUGACUCGUCUUUGGCUCAAGGCAGAACAGGAACGUCAGCACAACUACUUAAAAGAUGGUCCAUAUGUCACCCCAGAAGAAGCUGUGGCUAUUUACACCACCACAGUACAUUGGUUGGAAUCCCGAAAGUUUUCACCCAUUCCAUUUCCACCAUUAUCUUACAAGCAUGACACAAAGCUUCUCAUUCUUGCUCUUGAGAGGCUUAAAGAAUCCUACAGUGUGGCUGUAAGGUUAAAUCAGCUCCAAAGAGAAGAACUUGGUUUAAUUGAACAAGCCUACGACAAUCCACACGAAGCUUUAUCAAGAAUCAAACGUCAUCUCCUCACCCAACGUGCCUUUAAAGAAGUAGGCAUUGAGUUUAUGGAUCUGUACAGUUAUCUCAUUCCAGUUUAUGAAAUCGAGCCGCUUGAGAAGAUCACAGAUGCAUACCUUGAUCAAUAUCUGUGGUAUGAAGGUGACAAGCGUCAUCUUUUCCCCAAUUGGAUAAAACCUGCAGAUUCAGAGCCACCACCACUCUUGGUUUACAAAUGGUGCCAGGGGAUCAACAAUUUACAGGGUGUAUGGGACACUGGUGAUGGACAGUGUGUUGUGAUGCUUCAAACAAAGUUUGAGAAGUUCUUUGAGAAGAUUGAUUUGACAAUGCUCAACAGACUUCUACGAUUAGUCCUUGACCACAAUAUUGCUGAUUAUGUCACUGCAAAGAACAAUGUUGUGUUGUCGUAUAAAGAUAUGAGUCACACAAACUCAUACGGGUUAAUACGUGGUCUUCAGUUUGCUUCUUUUGUGGUACAGUAUUAUGGUCUGGUCUUGGAUCUUUUGCUUCUUGGGUUGACCCGUGCGAGUGAAAUUGCGGGCCCACCACAAAUGCCGAAUGAGUUCAUUACUUUCUGGGACACUAAAGUUGAAACAAGACAUCCGAUCCGGUUAUACUCUCGCUACAUUGACAAAGUGCAUAUUUUAUUCCGGUUUACACAUGAAGAGGCUCGAGAUCUUAUCCAGCGUUAUCUUACUGAACAUCCGGAUCCUAAUAACGAGAAUAUGGUGGGGUAUAAUAACAAGAAAUGCUGGCCAAGAGAUGCAAGGAUGAGGCUAAUGAAACAUGAUGUGAAUCUUGGAAGAAGUGUUUUUUGGGACAUGAAGAAUCGUCUACCUCGGAGUAUCACAACACUCGAGUGGGAGAACAGCUUUGUUUCUGUUUAUAGCAAGGACAAUCCAAACCUUCUAUUUAGCAUGUGUGGGUUUGAGGUGCGGAUAUUGCCAAAAAUAAGGAUGACUCAGGAGGCAUUCAGUAACACCAGAGAUGGAGUUUGGAACUUGCAGAAUGAACAGACGAAAGAGCGGACAGCUGUUGCAUUCUUAAGAGUUGACGAUGAACACAUGAAAGUGUUUGAAAAUCGUGUGAGGCAGAUUCUCAUGAGUUCAGGGUCUACAACAUUCACAAAAAUCGUCAACAAGUGGAAUACAGCUCUUAUAGGUCUCAUGACAUACUUCCGUGAAGCAACCGUGCAUACACAAGAGCUGCUAGAUCUUUUAGUCAAGUGUGAAAAUAAAAUCCAGACCCGUAUUAAGAUUGGUUUGAAUUCAAAGAUGCCUAGCAGGUUCCCUCCUGUGAUAUUCUACACACCAAAGGAAAUUGGAGGACUUGGUAUGUUGUCUAUGGGUCACAUAUUGAUUCCACAGAGUGAUCUCCGGUACAGUCAGCAGACAGAUGUCGGCGUAACACACUUUAGGAGUGGUAUGAGUCAUGAAGAAGAUCAGUUGAUUCCAAAUCUGUAUCGUUACAUACAGCCAUGGGAGAGUGAGUUCAUCGAUUCACAGCGAGUGUGGGCUGAAUAUGCUCUGAAAAGACAAGAAGCCCAAUCACAAAACAGACGUUUAACACUUGAAGAUCUGGAGGAUUCAUGGGAUCGUGGAAUACCAAGAAUCAACACCUUGUUCCAGAAGGAUCGGCACACUCUAGCCUAUGACAAAGGAUGGAGGGUGAGGACAGAUUUUAAGCAGUAUCAGGUCUUGAAACAAAAUCCAUUUUGGUGGACCCACCAAAGGCACGAUGGUAAACUUUGGAACUUGAAUAAUUACAGAACUGAUGUUAUCCAAGCCCUUGGUGGUGUUGAGGGUAUUCUCGAGCAUACUUUAUUCAAAGGCACAUAUUUCCCUACAUGGGAGGGUCUGUUUUGGGAGAAAGCCUCAGGUUUUGAGGAGUCAAUGAAGUACAAAAAGCUGACUAACGCACAGAGAUCCGGUCUGAACCAAAUUCCCAACCGUAGGUUCACACUUUGGUGGUCACCUACCAUCAAUCGAGCUAAUGUCUAUGUUGGUUUCCAAGUCCAACUCGAUUUGACCGGAAUCUUCAUGCAUGGAAAAAUCCCGACCCUCAAGAUCUCCCUCAUUCAAAUCUUCCGUGCUCAUUUAUGGCAGAAGGUCCAUGAGAGUGUAGUGAUGGAUCUCUGCCAAGUGUUGGAUCAAGAACUAGACGCAUUGGAAAUCGAAACUGUUCAGAAGGAAACCAUCCAUCCAAGAAAGAGUUACAAAAUGAACAGUUCAUGUGCUGACAUUCUCCUAUUUGCUGCACAUCGUUGGCCCAUGUCAAAACCCAGCCUUGUUGCUGAGUCAAAAGACGUGUUUGACCAAAAAGCAAGUAAUAAGUACUGGAUCGACGUGCAACUUCGAUGGGGUGAUUACGAUUCUCAUGAUAUCGAGCGUUACACCAGAGCCAAAUUCAUGGAUUACACAACAGAUAACAUGUCAAUCUACCCUUCACCAACAGGUGUCAUGAUUGGACUUGAUCUUGCGUACAAUUUACAUUCUGCUUUUGGAAACUGGUUCCCUGGGUCAAAACCACUGCUUGCUCAGGCUAUGAACAAGAUCAUGAAGUCGAAUCCAGCUUUAUAUGUGUUAAGGGAACGCAUAAGAAAAGGAUUGCAGUUAUACUCUUCAGAGCCAACAGAACCUUAUUUAUCAUCUCAAAACUAUGGAGAAAUCUUCAGCAAUCAAAUCAUCUGGUUUGUGGAUGAUACAAAUGUCUACCGUGUAACAAUCCACAAGACCUUUGAGGGAAAUCUCACAACAAAACCAAUCAAUGGCGCUAUUUUCAUAUUCAACCCCCGAACAGGACAACUGUUUUUGAAGGUGAUUCACACAAGCGUGUGGGCAGGGCAAAAGCGUCUUGGACAGCUGGCGAAAUGGAAAACAGCAGAAGAAGUUGCAGCUCUUGUUCGUUCUUUACCUGUAGAAGAACAACCAAAACAAAUCAUUGUCACGCGUAAGGGUAUGCUUGAUCCACUUGAAGUCCACUUGCUUGAUUUCCCAAACAUUGUCAUAAAAGGAAGCGAGUUGCAGCUUCCUUUCCAAGCGUGUUUGAAAAUCGAAAAGUUUGGUGAUUUGAUUCUCAAGGCGUCUGAACCACAAAUGGUGUUGUUCAAUAUAUACGAUGAUUGGCUGAAGAGUAUAUCGUCGUACACUGCUUUUUCAAGGCUGAUUUUGAUCUUGCGUGCUUUACAUGUCAACAAUGAGAAGGCGAAAAUGUUGCUGAAACCUGAUAAAACCAUUAUCACUGAGCCACAUCAUAUUUGGCCUUCACUAACUGAUGACCAAUGGGUGAAAGUUGAAGUUGCUUUAAGAGAUCUAAUUUUGUCUGAUUAUGCAAAAAAGAAUAAUGUCAACACUUCAGCUCUCACACAAUCUGAGAUACGUGAUAUUAUACUUGGUGCUGAAAUCACUCCGCCUUCUCAGCAGAGACAACAAAUUGCUGAGAUAGAGAAACAGGCAAAAGAAGCUAGUCAACUGACAGCUGUCACCACCAAGACAACAAACGUUCAUGGUGAUGAACUCAUAGUUACCACCACAAGUCCUUAUGAACAAGCGGCAUUUGGUUCCAAGACAGAUUGGCGUGUGAGGGCAAUAUCGGCAACCAACCUUUAUCUCCGUGUGAAUCACAUCUAUGUAAACUCGGAGGAUAUAAAGGAAACGGGAUAUACAUACAUCAUGCCGAAGAAUAUUUUGAAGAAAUUCAUUUGCAUAGCGGACUUAAGAACUCAGAUCUCCGGGUACUUAUAUGGUGUAAGCCCACCUGAUAAUCCUCAGGUAAAAGAAAUCCGGUGCAUCGCCAUGCCACCGCAAUGGGGUACACAUCAACAAGUCCAUCUCCCCUCAGCUCUCCCUGAACAUGACUUUCUUAACGAUCUUGAACCGUUGGGAUGGAUGCACACACAACCUAACGAGCUUCCUCAGUUGUCACCACAGGACCUUACGUUUCAUGCUCGGAUAUUGGAGAACAACAAGCAAUGGGAUGGAGAGAAAUCAAUCAUAUUGACUUGCAGUUUUACUCCGGGGUCAUGCUCUUUGACUGCGUAUAAGCUGACACCAACAGGGUAUGAAUGGGGGCGUGCAAAUAAAGAUACCGGAAGCAAUCCGCAUGGCUAUCUGCCAACUCAUUAUGAGAAGGUUCAGAUGCUUUUGAGUGACCGUUUCCUUGGUUUCUAUAUGGUACCUGAUAAUGGGCCGUGGAAUUACAACUUCAUGGGAGUGAAACAUACGGUUAGCAUGAAGUAUGGGAUAAAGCUGGGGACUCCACGGGAGUAUUAUCAUGAGGAUCAUAGGCCGACACAUUUCUUAGAGUUUAGCAAUCUGGAGGAGGGUGAUGUCGCUGAGGGGGACAGGGAGGAUACAUUCUCUUGAGUAAAAUGUCGCCUUAAAACUUUCUUUUACCUACUUACAACUUGUCUUAAUCUGCUGCAACUACUGUCUUGUCAGCUUGUUAUACAUUAUUAUACAAUGAUAGUGUAAAUAAGGAUUUUGCUCUA